CUGGACGUAUUUUUCCCGCUUUCCCUGGCAGCCGAAAUGGCCAACGGAAAUGUAUAGAAGAUAUAGCAAAUAGAAAAUAGAAAAUGGAAAAUGGAUCAGCUCAUCGACUGACUCGCGUGUGAGAGUGCGUGUGUGUGUGUACGCCCGUGUGUAUGUGUGUAUCUGUGUGUUUUUUGGCCAACUUUAAACGCUUUCUGUUAUCAGCAGGAAAAAGGAGACGCGCGCGUGUGAAGCCAUGAGUGGUGCUUGGUGCAAACAAAGUUUUGGCGGCAUUUUCAAUUAAUGGCCAAAGUCAGCGAAUUUUCAACAUCAAAUUCCAUCGAGGAAAAUUGAGGAGAGCAACAGCAAAAACACACACUUUUUAUGGGUUUCCCCCACAAAAGAAAAAUAGAAAAGCAAAAGAACACAAGCAAUGCGACCCAAAAGGCCACCAAUUGGGCAGAAGGCAAUCGGAUGCGAAAUUUGCUUCCAGGAUAUGAAAAUAGCUCAUCAAUUGAGCCAUAAACACACGACAGCAAACGGAAGAGCUUAAAUAAACCAAAAAAAAAAAAAAAAAACUAAGAAAAAUCAAAAUAAAAAAGAGUACAAAGCAGCAGCGUCGUGGAGCAACAAUCAACACAAAGCACAAAGCAACACUGCCACAAGAAAAUCUAAAAAAGAAACAAAAUACUAACAACAAAGAAAAGAGCACACUGAAAGGAACUGGAACUGGAAUAAGAGGAAGUCGGAAAAAAGAAGGAAAAGUGAAAGCCAAAAGCCGAAAUUGUAAACGCUCCAUGUAAACACUUGAAAGCUCGUUAGGAUAAUACAUCCUGCCCGGCACCGAGCACACGCUGCUGCCAACACACACACACAUACACACAUAGAGAGAGACAGGAGCCCAGGAAGCAGGCAAAAGUGUCACCAUGCGCCGCCCCGCCUGUCUGAGUGGCCGCCAUCACAUGAAACAGCAGCAACAACAACGGCACCACCUUGAAACCCCACCCAAAUAUAACAACAGUACACCUAUACACACAUCAAUGGGGAGCCAGGAGCGGGCCAUUGCCAUUGCCAUCGCCGUUGCAUAGUCGCGCUUCCGUUUCCGUCUACUCCUCAUUUCCGCUGCGGCUGCAAUUAAGCGAAGCGAAGCGACGCCAAGCAUCCCCAAACCAAAAAAAAAAAAAGAACACCGCGAAUAUCCACAAAAAUGGCGCACGAGACCAGCUUUAAUGAUGCCCUGGAUUACAUUUACAUAGCCAACAGCGUGAAUGACAGGGCCUUUCUAAUAGCCGAACCCCAUCCCGAGCUGCAGAGCUCCCAAGGCCAGGAGGAGGAGCAGGAUCAGGACGAAUCCGAGGCCGAGGAGAAUCUAACAGUCAGCAAACCUCUUGUCCAACUAGAGGACACAAACAACAACAGCAAGCGUUACUAUAGCUCUGGAAAGCGGCGUUCCCGCCUCAAGGGACCCCACUCUCAAUCUGCACUAAAGUCUACCGUACCGGCACCUGUCCUGCCCACCGAACCAUCAAGCAACUCAACCGCUGGCUCACCGUUGGCCACCGCCGCCUUGGCUGCAGCAGCGGCCAGUGCCUCCGUGGCGGCGGCGGCGGCCAGAAUAACAGCCAAGGCAGCUCACAGGGCUCUAACGACAGCUACCACGACCAAAGCAGAGGCAUCGGGAUCGGGAUCGGGUUCACCGCCAGCUCUCCAACUGAUCGAUAUGGACAAUAACUAUACCAAUGUGGCCGUGGGCCUGGGAGCAAUGCUGCUCAAUGACACGCUGCUACUCGAUGGCAACGAUACGGGUCUGUUUGGUGAGAUGAUGAUGAACAAUCGGAGCGGGCAAGUGGAUCUGGUCAAUGGCAGUGCGGGCAUUAAUGUGACCACCAGCAAAGUGGCCGAGGAUGACUUUACGCAGCUGCUGCGAAUGGCCGUCACAUCGGUGCUGCUGGGACUGAUGAUAUUGGUCACAAUAAUUGGCAACGUCUUUGUCAUUGCGGCCAUUAUCCUGGAACGGAAUCUGCAGAAUGUGGCCAACUAUCUGGUGGCCUCGCUGGCCGUGGCCGAUCUCUUUGUGGCCUGCCUGGUGAUGCCUUUGGGAGCCGUCUACGAGAUCAGCCAAGGCUGGAUUCUGGGUCCCGAACUUUGCGACAUUUGGACCUCCUGCGAUGUCCUCUGCUGCACAGCCUCGAUUUUGCAUCUGGUGGCCAUAGCCGUGGAUCGCUACUGGGCAGUCACCAAUAUCGACUAUAUACACUCGCGGACCAGCAAUCGUGUCUUUAUGAUGAUUUUCUGUGUCUGGACAGCGGCGGUGAUUGUCUCUUUGGCUCCACAGUUUGGCUGGAAGGAUCCGGAUUAUCUGCAGCGAAUUGAGCAGCAAAAAUGUAUGGUCUCACAGGAUGUGUCCUAUCAGGUAUUUGCCACCUGUUGCACCUUCUAUGUGCCGCUGCUGGUUAUAUUGGCGCUGUAUUGGAAAAUCUAUCAAACUGCCCGCAAGCGCAUACAUCGCCGGCGACCACGACCCGUCGCUGCUGCGGUCAAUAAUAAUCAGCCGGACGGAGGUGCGGCAACAGAUACGAAACUUAAUCGACUGCGUCUACGCCUUGGCAGAUUCUCCACGGCCAAGACCAAGGCCGGAAGUGCCAGUGGAGGUGGCAGCGGAGCUGGAACUGGCGCAGGAUCUGGAGGUCCUGGUGGUAGGGCUCUGGGCCUGGUCGAUGGCAACUCAACGAACACGGUCAACACGGUCGAGGACACCGAGUUCAGCAGCUCGAAUGUGGACAGCAAGAGUCGGGCCGGUAUCGAGGUACCCAGCACGUCCCAGUCAGGCAACCAGAUAGCCACCGUCUCGCACCUGGUGGCCCUGGCCAAACAGCAGGGCAAGGCCGCUGCCAAGUCUUCGACAUCAGCUGUCAACGGAACGGCAGCCAAUGCGGCGGGCAAAGGGCAGAACGAGGACCAGGACCAGGACCAGCUGCAUCAGCAGGGUGGAAACCACGAGCAGGAACAGGACCCCGAGGACGAGGAGGAGGAAGAAGACCAGGCUGACCUGGCAGCCGCAACCGCAACAUUGGCAGCAACGCCAGCAACAGCCACGGGCAAUGGGUCGGUGGAGGUCCUGGAGGAUCCGCAGCUGCAACAGCAGCUCGAACAAGUGCAGCAGCUGCAGAAAACUGCCAAAUCCGGCGGAGGAGCUGGAGCCGGAUCAGGAGGAGGAGGAGGAGGUGGGGCCAGCACAUCGAAUGCCACCACAAUUACGUCGAUAUCGGCGCUUUCGCCGCAAACGCCAACAUCGCAGGGAAUAGGUGGCAUCGCUGCCGCUGCCGGACCGAUGACAGCCAAAACCAGUACGCUGACGAGCUGCAACCAGGCACAUCCGCUCUGCGGCGCCACCUCCUCCUCGCCCACACCCUCCUCCGCCCAGCCUUUGACCCCAGAGCCGCGUUCCAAGUCGCUGCAACAGCAGCCCACGCAGCAGCAACACACAAAUCCCCAGCAGCAGCUUUCCAGCAUUGCUAAUCCCAUGCAGAAGGUGAACAAGCGCAAGGAGACGCUGGAGGCGAAGCGAGAGAGGAAGGCGGCCAAGACGCUGGCCAUUAUCACGGGAGCCUUUGUCGUCUGCUGGCUGCCCUUCUUCGUUAUGGCACUGACCAUGCCCCUGUGCGCCGCCUGCGAGAUCAGCGACAGUGUGGCCUCGCUCUUCCUCUGGCUGGGCUACUUCAACUCCACCCUCAAUCCGGUCAUCUAUACCAUCUUCAGUCCGGAGUUCCGUCAGGCCUUCAAGCGCAUCCUCUUUGGCGGCCACCGACCAGUCCACUAUCGCAGCGGGAAGCUCUAGAUAGUGCAUGCGAAGAGGCGAAGACGCUUCUGCUAGGACCGACAAAAGCGGAUGUUGAUCUAACCUCUUCG